AUGGCUGCGAACAGGUCUCCGCACGCGCUGCCGCCUGAUACCCAUUCUCUGGCCCUCCGCCUGUACCGCUUACGGUUUCUCUCCUCGCCACGCGGCUACCCUGCUCUAGGGAUGGUGAUUGCCGGAGUAUCUGAGCCGUCGCCAGGGCACGUUGCCGCCUGGUCGGCUGUGGUCGCAAAGCCUCCAGCGGAGCCUGAAAGGGCGACCAUGGCGACGAAGCCCCCUCUACCGCCGGCUCCGACACCCGUGACAGCAGUCGUUGAAAAGACUCCUCCCCACGCACCCGCGGAUCCCCUUGCCGGGUCGAAGGCAGGACCGUCUGCUCCCGCUGCUGUUCCGUCUGCUCCGCCUGCGGCACCUGGCCCACCGGCUCCCCUUGUCGAGCCGUCGGCGUCUGCCCCUGCUGGGGGUGUUGCUGAGCCCCCUGCACCUGUCCUUGGCGCCCCUGUUGCGCCGACCGCUUCUGUCCCCUGCUUGCCUGCGCCUGCCUCUGCCUCGUCACCAAAGGCGGCGUCCGCCACCACUGGCGAGCCGGCUCCAUCGGUUGCGCCUGUGGCGGCGGGCCAGUCCGCCCCUGCUGUGACGGCGGUGGCUCCGGCAGGCCACCCGUCACGCCCUCCAUCACCUGACCGUCGCUCGUCGCGCCCUCAUUCCCCCGCUCCCCAACAGGAACGCAAAUCGUCUCGUCGCCGGCGUGAGUCUCCACGGCGGUACCAGCAACAGCCGCACUGGCCCGCGCACCACGGGGGCCAGGGGGAUUGGAUGGGUCCCCGUGCUCGUGGCGGGGGUGGGGGGUAUCGCCCGCCCGUGACGAUGGCGGAUCUUCAGCGGGAAGUUUCGAGGGCGGUUCGGGAGGAGAGGGCGGCGUAUAGCCAGACCGGUUCGCUGCGCGCGUCGCCGGCCCACGAGGUUCCUCGUCCGGCUGCGCUCCCCCCGAACUCGCAGCCUGUUGCUGCGCCUCCUCCUCAGAUCCUGGCGCCGCCAGCUCCUUCUCCUGCUGUAUCGGCGCCUGCUCCCGGCUCCCGUCUCUCUCUGCCACCGGUUCCGCCCGUAGCGGGAGUGGAGUUUGUGGCCGCGGGUGGCGGCUCGUUGGCGGCUCCGUUUGCUCUCCCAGCUGAUGCUGAUGAGCCGCUCCAGUUCCUGGCGGAGGCACUCCAACCUCCGCAGACCCGUGUUCCCGAGGCAACACUCGGACAGCUACACCGCCUCGCCAACAGUCUCCAUGCUCUGCUGCUGAUUCAGGUGCUGGCCCACUCGUCUCUCCCUGUGAUCCCUCCUGAGACGUUCCGUGGCCGCCAGCGUGAUUCUUGCCUGGACGCGGCGGACCAGCUCGCGGUGCUGCUGGCGCCCGUGCUGGCUGCGCCCGCGGAGGGAGGCGCUGCUGCCGCGGGACAGCUUGACGAUGCUGUCCGGGGCCUGAGGCGGCACUUGCGCGCUGGAUCUGGAGCCGCGGCGAUCGGCGCAAGCACGCUUGUGGUCCGGGAGCUGUGGCGCUCCCUGACGGGCGUUCUUCACGCCCUUGGAGCUCACCGCAUGUAG